AUGACAAAAAAAAAAAGGGUAAGAGUAGUUUGUGAAGGGAAGCUACCAGUAUUCAAUCCAAAUGGUGAGGUUAGGCCAAGUCAAUUAGAUGUUGGAGUUAGGCCACUCAAUAAUAACGCAGGUGGGCCUAAAGUUGGGACUAAAAAGAAAGUUACAAAAUCAGUUGAUGGGCCUAAAAAGAAAGUUACUACAUCUGUUGAUGGGCCUAUUCAGUCCACUAGGUCAAAAAAUAAGGCAAACACUGUGAAGGAAUCAUUAAAUACAAGUGGAUUGGCUAGUGAAGAUUCCCCAAUAAAAAAUAAAGGAGGUAGAGGGAAUAAGCCAGAAAAGAAUGCAUUUACUUGUCCCUGGACUUUACAUGUGUCCAAAUUGUAUGGUUGUGAGACAUGGAUGGUGAAAACCUUGAUAGAAGCACACAAUUGCCUCCAAUCCAGAACAAACAAGCAUUUCACACAUAAGUUCUUGGGAAAUCCUGAUAUACCAUCUGCAGCUCUACAAGGUGAACUACAAAGAAAAUUUGCUUUAGGUUUGUCUCAACAGAAAGCACAAAGAGCUAAAAGGUGUGCCAAAGGGCAACUCAGAGGAGAUUACACAAGGCAAUACAACAUGUUGAGAGAGUAUCUACAAGAAUUGCAGACCCAAAAUCCUGGUACUACAGUGCAUAUAGAGGUUGAGCCACCCAUGGAUCCUGAUUCCAAUGAGAGGGUAUUUAGAAGGGUUUAUGUGUGUUUGGGUGCUAUAAAAAGGGGGUUCAGAAGUGCUGGUAGGGAGUUGUUAGGUGUUGAUGGUGCCUUUAUGUCUGGUCCAUUCCCUGGACAAGUGUUGACUGCUGUGAGUAUUGACUCCAAUAAUGGAAUCUACCCUGUUGCAUAUGCAAUAGUGGAAUCUGAGAUAACAAGCUCAUGGACAUGGUUCCUAGAAUGUUUGGGUGAUGAUUUAGAGAUUGAUGGGAGGUCUAACUAUACUUUUGUAACUGACAGGCAAAAGGGCAUUAUCCAAGCUAUAGCAAAAGUAUUUCCUUGUGCUCAACACAGGUACUGUCUAAAACAUAUUCAUGAGAAUAUGAAACAACAAUGGAGGGGUACAGCUUACAAAAACCAUUUGUGGAGGUGUGCCAUAGCAAACAUAGUUCAAGAAUUUAACAAGUGUAUGUUGGACUUUAAGAGUUAUAAUGAAGCUGCUUACAACUGGUUGGUGAAAAUCCCACCUCAACAUUGGGCAAGAUCUCAUUUCACAGGAAGAGCCAAGUCUGAUGUUUUGUUAAACAACAUGUGUGAGGUUUUAAAUAGCAAGUUAGUUAAGGGUAGGGCUAUGCCUAUAAUUCACUACCUAGAGUUUAUUAUGGAAUACUUAAUGAUAAGGAUUGUGAAUGUUGGAAAAGUUAUAGCAAGAUCCAAAGGGCCACUAACCCCAACUGCAACUAGGAUGUUAGAAUUGAUCAAAACAGAUGCAGAAGCUUACAAAGCUAUAUUCAAUGGCACUGAUAAGUAUCAGGUUAGUGGGCCUUGGGGGGACCAGUGUGUGGUUAAUAUAGACAACAAGACUUGUUCUUGUAGAAAGUGGGAGAUUACUGGAAUGCCAUGUAAACAUGUUGUAGCUGUUAAUUAUGAUAUGGUUAAUAAUGGAAGACAAGUUGAAGUAGUUGAAGCAUGGGUGGAUCCUAUAUAUAGGCUUGACACAUGGAAGAUGAUGUACCAGUUCACCAUUAACCCCAUCACUGGUAUGAGCAUGUGGGCCAAAUGUCCUGAAGAGUGGACAAUCAUAAUUCCACCAAAAUAUCACACACCCAUUGGAAGGCCUAGAAAGAAACGAAGAAAGAUUGCAGAAGAGAUUCAAAUGAGCAAGAAUGGUAAGCUAUCUAGGAAACUUAGGUCUGUUGUUUGUAAAAGGUGUGGCACAAUGGGUCAUAACAAAAGGUCAUGCAAACAAGGUGGUUCUAGUCAGAGUGCAGGGGGUCCUAGCCAGGCUAAUUCAACUCCAAGUCAAGCUGCAGGUGGUUCAAGUCAGGCUAACCCAACUCCAACUCAAGCUGCAAGUGGUCCAAGUCAUACUGCUACUGGUCCAAGUCAAUCUGCUGCUGAUCCAAGAUAA